AUGUGUGACCUCGCAGAUGCGGACGUUGCAACGGAAGAGACGGCUCUAAAAGUGGAGGCUCUAACUCUGAUCGGAGGGGUGGAUAUCAGUUUCAUCAAGGGAAACGACACUUUGGCGUGUGCGUGCCUGGUGGUGCUGAGCUAUCCGUCGUUGCAGACAGUGUACGCUGAAUGCACUAUGGUGCACAUUAGCGAGCCCUACAUCGCAGGCUUCUUAGCCUUCAGAGAGGUGUCGCAUUUGGUGGAUAUGGUGAAUGUGCUCAAGACAACCAGGCCAGACCUCGUGCCACAGGUGAUCAUGGUCGAUGGCAAUGGACUGCUUCAUCAUCAAGGAUUUGGGUUGGCUAGUCAUUUGUCAGUGUUGAUCUCGAUACCUACUGUGGGCGUCGGAAAGACCCUUUUGAUGGUCGAUGGCUUGAGCAAGGAUGUCAUCACGCUGGCUGAACGGAUACCUCUAGGCGGUGGAGGCGAGAUGCUCGAAUUGCGCGGCAACUCUGGCACUCUCUGGGGCAUGGGGGUGUGUAUGAAUGCCAAGGUGACCAGUCCCAUCUACGUGUCUGUGGGUAGUGGUAUCAGCCUACUCUCGGCCGUUGCCCUGGUGCGUCGCUGUGGACAGUUCCGAGUGCCCGAGCCCGUGAGACAAGCAGAUCUGCGAUCAAGACACUAUCUGCGUAUGAAUGGAUAUGCCUAG